AGCCCGAGCUGUCGCGGGCGCUCGGCUGCGGGACCCCCGUGCGGAGCCGACCGGGCGGGCAGCCGGCUGAAGACCAAGAGGGAAAAUCACAGAAUCCUAGACUGCGGCGUGCCCAUGAGUAGACGGAGCCAGUACCCAGUGGCACUGAUGUCUUCCGCAGUGGCCCCAGCUAAGGAGCCCAACUCCAUGUGCCCAAGGGCAAUGGAGGUUGUGCUGGUCAAGGAGCAGAAUGGGGUGCAGCUCACCCACUCCACCCUCGCCAACGCCCCGCAAAGCCCCGUGGAGACCCAGGACCGGGAGACCUGGAGCAAGAAGAUAGACUUCCUCCUCUCGGUGAUCGGCUUUGCAGUGGACCUGGCCAACGUCUGGCGCUUUCCUUACCUAUGCUACAAAAAUGGCGGGGGCGCCUUCCUGGUCCCCUACCUGCUCUUCAUGGUCAUUGCGGGAAUGCCACUUUUCUACAUGGAGCUAGCCCUCGGACAGUUCAACAGGGAGGGGGCUGCCGGAGUCUGGAAGAUCUGCCCAGUCCUCAAAGGCGUGGGCUUCACGGUCAUCCUCAUCUCGCUGUACGUGGGCUUCUUCUACAACGUCAUCAUCGCCUGGGCGCUGCGCUACUUCUUCUCCUCGUUCGCCGCGGAGCUGCCCUGGACCCACUGCAACAACACCUGGAACAGCCCCAACUGCUCCGAAGCCCACCCCGGCAACGCCAGCGACGGCUCAGGCCUCAACGACAGCUUCCGGACCACACCUGCCGCCGAGUACUUCGAGCGCGGCGUGCUGCACCUCCACGAGAGCCGUGGCCUUGACGACCUGGGCCCUCCCCGGUGGCAGCUCGCGUCCUGCCUACUGUUGGUCAUCGUCCUGCUCUACUUCAGCUUGUGGAAGGGAGUGAAGACUUCUGGGAAGGUCGUGUGGAUCACGGCCACCAUGCCAUAUGUGGUCCUCUUCGCCCUGCUGCUGCGGGGGAUCACCCUUCCCGGAGCCCUCGAUGGCAUCAGAGCAUACCUGAGUGUUGACUUCCAUCGGCUCUGCGAGGCGUCCGUUUGGAUAGAUGCUGCCACCCAGAUAUGCUUCUCCCUGGGCGUUGGGUUUGGGGUGCUGAUAGCCUUCUCCAGUUACAAUAAAUUCACCAACAACUGCUACAGAGACGCCAUCAUCACCACCUCGGUCAACUCCCUGACGAGCUUCUCCUCUGGCUUCGUGGUCUUCUCCUUCCUGGGGUACAUGGCCCAGAAGCACAGCGUGCCCAUCGGGGACGUGGCCAAGGACGGGCCUGGGCUGAUUUUCAUCAUCUACCCCGAAGCGCUUGCCACGCUCCCGCUGUCCUCGGCCUGGGCUGUGGUUUUCUUCACCAUGCUGCUUGCCCUGGGGAUCGACAGCGCCAUGGGUGGGAUGGAGUCGGUGAUCACCGGGCUCAUCGACGAGUUCCAGCUGCUGCACAGACACCGGGAACUCUUCACCCUCUUCAUCGUCCUGGCGACCUUCCUCCUGUCCCUCUUCUGCGUCACCAACGGCGGCAUCUACGUCUUCACGCUGUUGGACCACUUCGCGGCCGGCACGUCCAUCCUCUUCGGCGUGCUCAUCGAGGCUAUUGGGGUGGCCUGGUUCUACGGAGUGCGGCAGUUCAGUGACGACAUCAAGCAGAUGACCGGGCAGCGACCCAGCCUCUACUGGCGGCUGUGCUGGAAGUUCGUCAGCCCCUGCUUCCUCCUGUUUGUGGUCGUGGUCAGCGUGGUGACCUUCCGGCCCCCGCACUAUGGAGACUACGUCUUCCCUGAGUGGGCCAACGUGCUGGGGUGGACCAUCGCCAUGUCCUCCAUGUCCAUGGUGCCCAUCUACGCAGCCUACAAGUUCUGCAGCUUGCCGGGAUCCCUGCGGGAGAAAGUGGCCUACGCCAUCACGCCCGAGAAGGAGCGCGAGCUGGUGGACAGGGGGGAGGUUCGCCAGUUUACGCUGCGCCACUGGCUCAUGGUGUAGAGCGGAGCAGAGAAGGAAGACCCUGAGUGGCCGUCCCGCCCGCCGAGGGAGAGACGCCGGCCAUGAUGGGAAACCCGAGCCUGGAGAGAGGAGGCUGCUCCCGGCCACCGGUGCUGCCUGGACACACGGGAGCCCUGCCUUCCCGUGUUUACACUGGUGACGCGCGUGGGGACAGCACCUGCCAUCCGUCCUGUGUCCUGUGUAACGUAGUAGAAAACGUCGUGCUCUGUUCUUGUAAAGCCCCCAACCCCCGCCGCCACCCAGGGCUAACGUCUCGCUCCCUCCGUGUGCUGAGAGAAACGUGAUUGUGGGUGACUGUGGGGCCUUCGUGCUCCCACUCGCUUCCUGGGUCAUUUAUUUUGCUCGUAUUACAAAAGCUAAAUAUCACAUUUUGCCUAAUUGUGUGGAAGGUGAAAUGGAAGAAACCGCACACACGGCGAUGGAGUGGGGGCUUUGUGUCUCCACGUCACACACGCCGUCUGUUCCGAGCCAUCGAGGGCAGGGUCUGGUGUGUGUGACGGGGACGCUGUUGACUUCCUUGUAGCUGAGAGAAACAAACUCCAUGGGACCCGCGUGACUGCCACCUCUCCUGCGCGAUGCGGGUCCCGGUCCGUGCGCUGCCGCCUGGCCGUGGACCCGUGGCCACGGGAGAAAGCGUGCUGCUCACGAGCAGGAGUGUGUCCCCAGCCUGGGCCUGACCAGGCAGCGCCCCCGAGGUAGGCGGCCUGGGCGUGACCCUGGGAGGAAGACCCUGCCAGAAUUGUCUUCUCUCAGGCACACAUCACAUCCAUAACCACACCUUCUAUGUUAGGGAACGGCUUUUUAAAUCAUACUUACCUGUGAAUCAGAACUAAUUGUCAAAAUGCUGGGCCGGCUCUGAAAACCUGUGUGCUGCCGUCCCCGUUGCUGUUACACGAAACUUAGCCAAAGCGCGGCCAUCCCACAGCUGGCUCAGCCACCGAAAUGCACGGGGCCGUGGGCUGCGCCCCAGGCACAGCUCCGUGCCCCGCAGGGAGUUGGAGGCCGUGCUACGUGUGCUGACCCUGCGGAGGCGCCCCAUCCCACUGCGGACUGUGGCCCCAGGGCAGUGGGUCUACCCCUUCUCUCGAGGAGCCUGGCUGCCCCACAUAGAACACGGUGUCGUCAGUGUCUGUCUGUCCAUGCUCAGCAUCACCAACAAUAAAAAUCUG